AUGGUAUUCUUGAGUGUGAGGGACUACGAACUCCUCGUCGAAAACUACAAAGCCAUCCAGGCCGAAAACUACCAGCUGCGCGAAUACAUCAUCUCCCUCCAAUCCCGCCUCAUCGACUCCCAAAACGAAGUCCCAGAGCUCCCCGGCAACAUCGACCUCUCCCAACCCCGCAACGACCCCCCCGCCCCCGUCGUCCCGGGUGCCGCUAGCUCUGCUGCCGCUGCCGCUGCCGCCGCCGCCGCCGCCGCUGCGGCUGCUGCUGCUGCUGCCACUGGCGCUGCUCCCACUGGGAUCCCGACUGCGACUCCUGCAGAUCAACCUGAGCAGGUUAACGCGCUGAAUCGCAUUGCGGUGGCUGGGUUGGGGAUGCGGAAGCACCAGCACGAUGAGGCGGCGUUCUUGAGUGCGGGGAAUGCAGCGGCUGGUGCUGGUGCUGCGGGUAACAAUGGGAGUGUGGGGGUUGCGAUGGGGGUGGGGGUGACUGGGGGCGCGGAGUUGCCAUCCAAGCGGAUUCGGUUUGAGGGGUUGUCGGACGCAGCGGAGCAGGGCAAGGUGGGGGAUAUUCCUGCUUCGUGA